CUAAAAGCACCAUUGGAAACUUCUUGUGCUCGUUUAUAGAAUCAUCGUCCUCUGAGAUGUCUCUUUCUUACCGAGACUACCUAACCCUUCUCCUUCUGCGUCCUCUCUUCGCAAUCGCAGUCGUUUUCUCGUUCAUCUCCGUUGGUUGGUGGUUGGCCUGGAAGCUGGUUUUGGUUCACGUUCCUCUGGUGCAAGAGAUUUUCGGGCUGCGGAAGAAGACCGUGAAGCCCAAACCCCAAACUGGUCGCUUUUCUAAAUUUUACAGCACCAUUGAAGCCCGCAAUUCAGCUUCUAAAUGAAAGAAAAGCAUUGGGUAAAUUGGGAGAGCAAACUUGGUAGCUUCUUGUGUGUUUGAAUGGUAAGGGAAUGCAGAGCACCAAGUUUAUUGUUUGAUGCAACAAACAAACUGGCAUAGCAAAUUUCAGGUGCUUGAAGACUGCGAGGUUAUGUUCCUUGUAUUUUCUUAGAUACAAAAUGUAAUUUAUCUGUGGGUUUCCCAAGUUGCAUUUUAUCAAGAUGUAUAAAUAUGAACAAAAUUCUGAAGCAAAGGAACCCAGCAUAAAUUUCAAA